AUAUGUGGAAGAACCGGUUUGACCACUGUCAUGUGACCGAGACCCUGCAGGUUUCAUUAUAUCUCUCACCUGCCUACACUGCGGCACAGGGAGCUUCACUUCGUACGUGGUUUACCGAGCACCUGCUGCGCAACAAAAAAACACAGAAAAAGACAUUAAAAAUUAAAGGAUUUCAUUUAACAUCACAAAAGGGACGUGUUAUCCUGCUGUGGGUGGAAGAGACAGCACCUUCCCUGGGGACUUGUCUGGAAAAACGCAGGUCAGCGCACCUUUUGUGAAAGACUGAGCGUUCUGGGAGAGACUGAGCCUGUGCCUCUCCGUUCGGCGGCUGACGAGCGGAACUGCCUGGCGCGGAGCCAGACUGCAGCCCCACGCUCUGUGAAGACAGCGCGCGGAGCCCGUCAUGGGAAAGCUCCUGUCCAGACAGACCGAGAGGCCACCCCAGGUGGUCCUGAUGGGCCUGGACGGGGCGGGGAAGUCGACGCUCCUCUCCAGGCUCCAGUGGGGGGAGAAGAUGGAGACCUCCCCGACCGUGGGCUUCAACGUGGGAACGCUGGAGGUGGAGAAGGGCGUGACCCUGACCGUCUGGGACGUGGGGGGCCAGGGCGAGAUGCGGGCCAACUGGAAGUACUACCUGGACGACUGCCAGGCGCUGGUGUUCGUGGUGGACGGCGUGGACCGGGAACGCCUGGGGGAGGCGCAGAAGGCCCUGCGGAGGGUCCUGAGAGAGGAGGCCCUGAAGGAGGUGCCCCUAAUGGUGCUGGUCAACAAGAAGGACCUCCCCAACUCCAUGACCAUCCGCGAGGUGUCCAACCAGCUGGAUCUGCCAAACAACAAGGGUCGGGACUGGCAGAUCCAGGCCUGCAGCGCCUACACAGGCCUGGGGCUUCAGCAGGCCUUCCUGUCCGUGGCCAAACUCAUCAAACAGCACCAAUGAGAGGCCAGAUUCAUCAAAAACCACCAAUGGGAGGCCACACUCAUCAAACAGCACCAAUGAGAGGCCAAACUCAUCAAACACCCCCAAACUCAGCAAACAUCACCACCGAGAGGCCAAAGUCAUCAAAUGCCAUCGAGAGAUUGAGCAGCUGGUUCCUCACCAAUGACAGGGGGUCAACUGGCCCCAAUGCACGGACACACACAAGUUACAUUUGGGGAGGUUCACCAUCUAGAAGCAUAGGAAAUUAGCAAUAUUUAAAGUGGCAUGUACACAGAAAGGGGAUGUUUUGGGAUUACCUGGGCCCAGGUAUUAUUUGAGUUGAAAACCUAUUCGCAACAAGCUGAAAUUUACAUCAUUUCAGUCACAUGACCUGCUUGGUUCCAGAAAUGAUCUAACUGAGCAUCUGGACACCACUCUGUAGAAGCAGGACAGGAAUACCGGAGGUUCUGCUUAGUUUCUCCUGCUGUUACAGAACCGAAUGUCCACAGCCAGUCUUUGGUCACGCCCCUUAAAUCAGUCGCAGUGACAAAUUCAGUUCAGCUUUCACCUCUGCACAUCUGGUGCAUCUGCAGUACCUGUUUUGGUAUAUGUGAAUUAAGAAUGUGAUGCUGCAUACCCCCUGCAGUCCAGCAUGCUGCCUCACUUAAGUCUCACUCUUGAUGCUCAGGAUGUUAGUAAUGGGCAUUCCUAACUGGGACAGAUAGCGAAUAAAAUAACAUUUAAAGAGUUGAAGCUUUUAGUGGGGUUUUAUUUCUCACACACUUCCAUGUUAAUUUUAUCACAUAUUCAGAUUUUGAUCUUGCUUCCACUGGUUUCAUCAAUUGCAUGGUCCUUGUCAGGCGGCAAACAGUCUUCAAAUGACCCUCUCGUAACUGGAACUCAGAAUCAAAGUUGUCUGAAUAAACAUUGACCAGUUGUUACUGCUGUUUAUAUUGCAGGACGGCGAGAGAGAGAGGGACACACACACACCAGAAAUUGUAGUUAAAGAAUCACAUGCUUCUGGGUGAGCUGGAGAUUUGAGCAGACUUUAUGAAAAAAGUUCAUGAACUCAGUUACACUGUAUGGAGAAAUGACAGAGAAUGUCAUAAAUCUAUACUGAAAUUAUGCAUUUAACCCCUCUCCCAGACCCCUGCAAUAACAGCUCAAAUAACCAAAAUCCUAA